UAAAUACCCAUCUACCUAAAAAAAAAAAAACAACGGAAACGAGGAUUGGAUGGUUGAACCCAUCCAUAGGCAACGCCGCAGCUUUGCUGCGGAUUGAAUGGCCAAGAAUUGAACCAAAAGGUAUUUAUGAAACGGCACCUGAAAAUUUUCUCCAGCUCCUUAAUGGCUUUUGCUUUGGGAGUUGACUAAUAAUUUUGUUCGGGCCUUGCCGCCGAUUGUACAAAAAAAAAAAAAAAAAAAUCUCCAGCAAGCCUUCAACAGAGCCCAGAAAUGAGCGGCAACUCCAUGAGAAGCUUGAGCCACCGCUGCCUCCUCCGCCUCUCUAGUAGGCUUUCGGAUGUUCACUCUCUGGCCAAAUCUUCUCCCCACCAACAACGGCGGUUCUAUUGGUCCCUUCAAAACCUCAUGAGCGGAAUCAAUCAUCCCAACAUUCCUCCUACCGUCAACAAAAUCCCAGGAAUCUCAUCAUCAACGUCAUCACCGAAGGUUGGGCCUUUGGGGUGGUAUUUAAGCAAGCUUGAAUCUAAACCGCUAAUCACCAAAAGCGUCACCACUUCUCUAAUUUUCGCUGCUGCCGAUAUCACUUCCCAAAUGAUGCAAUCAUCAGCUGGUUCAUUCGAUUCAAUGAGGACAUUACGGAUGGGUGUAUAUGGUUUGCUGCUUUUAGGGCCCUCACAGCAUUUCUGGUUUAAUUUUUUGUCGAAACAUUUACCAAAACGGGACUUGUUGACAACCAUGAAGAAAGUUCUCAUGGGGCAGGCUCUGUUUGGACCUCCCAGCACCUCUGUUUUCUUCUCCUACAAUGCAGCUUUACAAGGUGAAAGUGGUGAUGAGAUUGCUGCUAGAUUGAAGCGUGACCUGCUUCCAACAUUGAUGAAUGGUGCAAUGUAUUGGCCAUUCUGUGAUUUUGUUACAUUCAGGUUUACAUUUGUUCAUCUGCAGGGAUGCUUGUUGGCAGCCAUUAAUGAACAGUUCAUGUGCAUACCUAUGGACAAUUUAUUUGACAUACAUGGCAAGCUUGAAAAUAGUCAGCGUCGAGUAGCGUGGGAUCUUUACUUCAAGUCCAUAUUAUGUGCUUUUGUAGGUUAGAUAAUGAAAAGAGGAGAUUUCUGAGCAAACAUUAGCAUCAGAUUCCACUAAAUGGCAUUUGUAAGAUCAAGCUUCGUAGUUUUUUCCUUUUUCUUGGGCCAAAUCCCAAACGUUUAUGGUCAAAUUAUCCCUUGACUUGGUGCAAUCAGAGAAUGAGCAAUUCCACAACAGCACAUGAAAAUUUUGUUGUACUAACUUGAAAAUAAAAAGAUUUUGGUCUU